AUGAAAUCAUCACUAGAAGCAGUGCUUGACAAGAAAAUUUAUGGGGCUGCUGCAAGGUACUCUGAAAAUAACAAUCUUCAACUACAUUAUGGCAAGAAGCUCGCUACAAAAGUGGGCAUUAAACAAGGCGAUAAAAUUUUGGAUAUGGGUUGUGGAACAGGAGAGCUGACCUUGUGUAUUGGGGAGAUUAUUGGAAAAAAAGGUCGAGUGGUUGGUGUUGAUCCAGACAUAGAAAGAAUUCAUUACGCGAUUCAACACAAUUGCAACGUGAACGAAAAUGUUUCAUUUGAAAUUGGCGACAGUUCAAGUGAAUUUUUACAGCGAAACAAAUCUUUCUACGAUAUCCAUUUCAGCAAUUUUUCGUUUCAAUGGCUUACAUUAGAUGAAAAGAAAAUGUUUUUGCAAACGGCUUUCCACUGUCUGAAACCAAGUGGCAAAAUAGCUAUCCAGAGUCACGAAGGCUAUCCGGAAAUUGCUUUAUAUGUGGAAUGCCUAAUCUCAAAGAGACAGAACGCUUUGACUGAUAUCAAUGAUAAGAAACCGAUUCAAUUUUUUAUGUCUAAAUCUGAAGCCACAUCCCUUAUCGAGGAAAUGGGCUUUGAAAUCAUUUCAAGUGAUUAUGAUGUUGGAAAACAACGAUAUAAAACACUAGACGAUUUCCUUAGCUUUUAA